AUGUUUUUGCCAAAGAGAGCCGCAGAAGAAGAUGAAGGCAGUGUCGCCUGCAAGGAAUGGCUCUAUGGACUACCGCGCGGCGGCCUCGCCCAUUACAUCGCAUCGCGGGAGAACAUGAUAUACUUUCGAGAGGACAUCACAAGGAUGUACGGGAAUGAGGACUUCAUUCUGGCACCGACCUUCAAAUUAUGCAAGGACUUGUUCGAGUACAUGCGCCACGCAGAGGUGAUUGCACGUCAAGACCACGAAACACCACGUCGGCCAUUGACUUCUCUGGGCUCACCGAAUGGUCUAUAUCGCUAUGUGCUCAUCCCUCGGACCGAAGCUGGUGCGAACCUGCUGAAAGAAUUCGACCUUCCAUCCCAGACCAAGGAGGACAUGUGCGGCGGUUUCAAUCCCGUAACCAACUUUCCUUUGUCAGCGGGUUGUGCCGAGUUCCCGGUCGUGGAAUGCUGCGUGCAUCCAUUCUCGGUCUGCGCCGUGAUCAACAAGACAUUGCGGCUGAACAGCACGACCGUAACAGCGCAAUGGCGUUUAUGCGUGCGCAGAGUGGUUGACCACUGGCAGUCAAAGCUAAUCAAGCCGCCUCAAUGGUUCAUUGAUACGCCAAAGGUCGAGUCCUACGACGAAGAGCUCACACCCUCGGAGGCAAUGAGCUACAUCCCAUAUGCUCCCGAGGGCCUCGUCGUGCCAAAGCCAGAUAGCGUUCUUUGUGAUGCCGAGAUUCCCGAGGACGACUUUCGGAAGGAUGUCGCGCGCUGGGCCUGCAGAGUCGACCCCAACUCCAGGCCAGAGGAAGACCCGCCAUACGUGCUGUACAAGCUGCGUCGUUCCAAGCGACUCCAGAAGGAACCCUACGACCCGCCAUCGCCUGACCUCCCGCCGCCCUCCCCCGUUCGUAAUGGCCCGCGCGCGGCGCGUGCUGCCAGGCGAGAUCUCGUGCGACAGCCACCGCCCUGGGAGAGAUCCUAUGGCCGGUUCCCCACGGACGCGUUUACCAGCAACGAUUGGGCAUACCUCAACUACCACGUCGCGCUGGGCGCCUCUGUCGAGUCCUAACACGGUCACCCUCCGCCAACCUCCAACUGUUCAUCUCGCCGAAGCGCUGCAUGAGACGCUGCCG